AUGUUUUCGCUGUAUGUUGAUUAUUUCCAGAGCAACAACGAGCCGCAACCAGAUGAUCUCCAGACACUUGAAGAAAGUGAUGCCCGGCUUCAUCCUUAUUGCUAUGUGUGUCAUUUUCCAGCACUACAAAAUGGCUUUUACUCUUUAUUCGUGGAACCGGAGGAAGGAGUUCACUCACCGGCCAAAAUACUAUGCGACAUUUUGGAGCUAGACGUCUCACCAGAGCUGUGCCAUUCGCAGAUAAUAUGUGUGAAUUGUAACAUGUUGUGUUUAGAGUUUCAAUCGCUUGUGCAGAGAAUGGAAACGAUUCGUGUGGAGAUGACGAUGGCCUACAAUCAAACCGUGAUGAAGCUGGCCGGGUUGACCGAAAAGGAUCUGAAGGAACACACGGUCGCCGCAGAGGAUAGCGAGCAACUUGAUAGCGACCUGCAGACCUUCAACAAGGAAUUGAUGUCCAUGGAGGAAGUGUUUCGGUUAGAAGGGCUAGACGCAGAUUCCGUAGAAACGGAUCCGUCGCCUGAACAAAUAGAAAAUGGGUUCCCAAAGCUAGGUAUCGUAUGGCAAUCGACGACAGACUCAAAUAAUGGCCAUUCAAAUACUUUGAGUCAGCCGAGUGUACUUGUUAAUGCGAAUCAGUGCUAUUCAAAGAAAGCAAAAACCGAAGAGGUACAUCUUAUACACGGUUCAGAGGAUAGAACAGUUGAGCAUCACUCACAAGAGUCGGUGGAUUUGCUGAAGAAAACCAUCACGCAUGUAACAAAUGCGGAAACGCUGGAACGGUUAAUUAGUGAAUCGAAUGAGGGUAUUGUAGAAGUUACCGGUGAAGAUGGUUCAUCAAUUUAUUGCAUUUACGAUGAUGUGAUUGAAUCGUACAAUCUUGCGGAAGGACAGUCGCAAAUAACGACCAUCAACGCAGCGAACACUGACUGCUUGCUGGAAUACGAUGAAGUUGUCAUCGACAAUUCGUCGCAGAUUGCAGAGAAUGCAUCCGAAGAAGUAGAGGACGAAAAUUCACCCGUUGUCUACGAACCGAUCACCGAAGAGGUCUCUAGUGCACCGCCACCGCCAGAGUCACCGUCAAUGGAGAGUAACAGUUUACAACCGCUGUUCAUUAAAAUAGAGGAAAUGUAUUACUGCACCCUAUGCUCGACCGACGGUCAGGUGGCUUCGUACAACGUGAAAACCAUUGCGGAGCAUUUGAGGAAGGAACACGACAAAAAUAUACUUGUUUGCGAACAGUGCGAUGCAGUUUUCUAUCGGAGUGCUACCUACAACGAGCACAUGGACCAACACAAGCAGGAAGAAGCGAUGGAGUUUAAAUGUGUCGUUUGCAACGAGAAGUUUUCCAGCUUACGUGCCCUGCGAGUACACGGCAAAACACACUCUAGUUCCUCGACCAAACCGUGGGUCUGCAAAAUUUGCGACAAGGAGUACAUGUCGAAGGCAUUCCUAGAUAUACACAUGAACAAACACUCCGGUAUACGUCCGCACAAGUGCACCGUAUGCUCGAAAGACUUCACUUCUAAGUACGUUCUGACUGUUCAUAUGAAGACGCACAAAGAACGUACCCGUACGUUCACGUGCAACGAGUGCGGCAGUUCGUUCUACAAUCGCAAUAAUCUAGUGCAACACGAGCGCACGCAUAAGGGCGUGCGGGACUACGAGUGUAGUGACUGUGGGAAAACGUUCCUGUCGCAGCACAACCUUAAUGUGCAUAAAAUAAUCCAUACCGACCUGAGGCCCUUCGUUUGCCGGACCUGCGGAAAAGCGUUUGCUCGAAAGUCGGACAUCCUAGAUCAUGAGCGUACGCAUACAGGAGAAAAACCGUUUUCGUGUGACAUGUGCGAUGCCAGUUUUGCCCAGCGAUCGAACCUCUAUUCCCACCGACGAUUGACGCAUUUGAACGACAAACGGUUCAAGUGUGAGGAUUGUGGCGCUUGCUUCAAACGACGACGGUUACUGCUUUAUCACACCAGAGCGGCGCAUACCGGUGAGCGGCCCUACAAAUGUGAACUCUGCCCGGCGACCUUUGUGUAUCCGGAGCAUUUCCAUAAGCAUAAGCGCAUCCACACCGGGAUGAAACCAUACGCCUGUGAGGUGUGCCACAAAACGUUCAACAGUCCGGAUAAUCGGAAUGCGCAUCGCUAUGUACACAGCGACAAAAAGCCGUUCGAGUGCGUAACGUGCGGAUCGGGUUUCAUGCGCAAGUCGCAUCUGUACGCGCACAUGCAGAAACGGGGCCAUCUGAGAGACACGAUCGUAGUCAAUCAGCCGCGCAUUACCGGCAAUGAUACGCUAGAGUUCGAAUCGGAACCGAUGGCAACCGAUGACCAGCAGUUUGUUGACGGUGAAGACUACGAGGAGGAACCAAAAAUGCACGUCAUAUACGAAGAGGAUAAAAACACGGAUGAUAUUAUCGAUGAAACGGAAGAGUACUAUAUUUCGAAUGAGAACCCAGAGGAAGAAGCCGAAAUAUUGGUCGACUCAGCGGCUAGUAGUAGUAGUACCGCCAACAUGGGGUUGAUCAGCAAAAUACCAGAUUCGGAGUGGACUAAUUUUAUUGCACAGGAAGACUAAAGUGUAACCGCUGGUGGUGAACCAUAAUUAAA